CUAUCAAAAUUUUGACAUGACGAAACAAUUUUCUAUUUGUGUUCUAAAAGAGUAGUCUGCAGCAGAAGUUGGCGUUGUUGGUGUAAGUGAAAAUUUGUUGUCGGAAAUAGUUAUUUUUCUGAACUGUUUUCGUAUAAAUUUUCUUACUGCUGGUGUUCGUGUAAUAUUCAAGGAGGAGACGACGACAAUGAAUCGUAAUGGAUAUGUAAUCUAGUUUAUUCAUAAUGGCCGGCCAUGUUUGCCGGGGUAAAGCGGCGGUCUUCCAACAUUCGUGUCAUGCAGUUGUUCCAUGAAUUGAAACAACAGUUUCCGACGGUACCGGACCACAUUGUCACCGCUUGCAUUACUAAUUACGGUCAAAAAACCAAUAACAACUACUGUAAAGACGAUCAGCAGAAAUCAAUUCAGGAAAUUCUGAAAGCCACAAUCGCUUCCGAAAACCAGGAGUCCAUGGGCCAGCAAGCAGUUGCUCCUGCCGAUCCCGCAGUCCCGCGUAUGUCUAAAUCUAAUGUUGAGACAAAUUUUUCAAACGAUACCAUAGAAGAACAAUAUCUUUGUGACGAAAAAAGGCAAGUCGCCAAUUCCGAGAUCCUCGCUUUGGACGGAGGUCGUAACGGUAAACCAAAAAGGCCUCAUAGAAAAAAUCAUCAUCAAAAGAAAGUCAAAGGAAGCGCCGUUAAAAAAAGCACAAAAGACGAAAUCGAUAACCAACAGCAUCCGAGCUGUUGUGCUGCAGAUUAUUCUCAAUCGAGCAAAUCAUUUUUGGACAAUUUGGACAUUAAAGUUGACGCCAGAAGCAAUCAAAAUAGCCCCGAUCGACAUCGACUCGAAAUGAACGAAGGUGAUAGUGAUCCUAACCGAAAUGUGAAACCGAAUGCGUUUUAUUCGAAAAAUUCCGAAAGUGUUAGUGUAAGUUGCUCAAACCCGAAUAGUGAAACUGAACAGAAAGUGGGAAACAGUUCGUUCUUUGUUAAAAGACCAACCUAUUUAAAUAUCAAACCCGAUCAGCCUGCUACCCCUCACGAUUUAGUUGAUGCCAACAUACGACCAUCCGAACGGUGUUUCGAUAUACAGAAACUCUUACAUUCAGAACACUCUGACAGUAAACCCCCACGUUCCCCUCUUACUUCUAAACGCUUUCUUAGGGGAUCACCCAGUAAACCUGAUGGCAUAACCACAACAAAGUCACCGUUAGUUUCUCCUGAUACCAAGAAACCUCCUUUGUCUCCCAAAUCAAACAGGGCACAUCAUUUUCAGGAUAGCCCCAUAUCUAAGAGCUUUAUAUCCCCUGCAUCUCAAUUUAGCAAUAAUCCUAUCCUAUCCCCAAGCGUAGAUGUAAGUGCUUCCGUAUUUCAAAGCAAAAACCUUACUGGCGAAACUUCUAAUAUCGGAGACUGUAAAAAAGACUGUGAAAAGUGCGCUGAUUUAGUUGGAGUUGGAACACCAGCUCAAGCUGUUACGCCUCUUCUGGAGGCAGGCGCGAGUGUUAAUCUUUCCCUCAAAGUUGAUUGCUCCAUGGGUUUAGUUCAAUCCCCAACCAGACCUCGACGUAGUUCGGUGUUAAAUGUAACACCAGAACUACCCUGGUGUUCUCCCGAGUCACCUUCUUCCCAGAGAAGCUACACGAGCGUCAAUUUGACUUUAAGGCCACCCUCGUCAGAACCUCAAGCUCCUAUUAACAUCACGUCCCAAAAUUCUAGUCUCACGUACUCUACCAGCAGCUUUGAUUCCCAAAAAGGUCUUCAAAGUCGGCUUCAGAUCACUGUCGGGCCCAGUGGAGGUACGGUCUCUUCGGUGAGAACGCGUCCGAAGAGCAGUUACAUUCCUCAGGAGAGCCCACAAGAAACUGUGCCUGCAAGAGCCGGCUCUUUACCAGAUUUAGCGGCAAACGAAUCGACGUCUGUGAUAUCGAAGCAGCAGGUUCGAAUAGACAGGUUACGGAUAGAACUUGUUACGGAAAAGGGUAGGUUGAUAGCGAUGCAACGGGAAGUUGCAGCAUUAGAAAACCCACUUACCAAUUCUUUAACGACCAAGGUGGACGUGGAAUUGGAAAAGCAGCUUUUGAACGAAAUUAAGCAUUUAAGGGGCCAGUGUGAGAGACUUGUGUUUGAAGUGGAAGGUCAGGUAGAAUGUAGAGUUCCUUUAGGUGAAACAAAUGAAGAGUUUUAUCGAAAUAUUUACACGGGUCAAAGGGGCCCUUUAACAAUCGAAAGGCCCUUCAGUAACCGUCGCCUCCAAUACCAAGGACCUUCACCGGUUGCUGUGUCGGAGGUGGACGGUCCAAAAUGGAAUUGUCCCGUGUGUACAUUCCAAAAUCAUCCUCUAUUGAAUAAAUGUGAACAGUGUGAAAUGCCUCGAAUUCUUCAUGUUUCUGCAGCCCCUGGUGAUAAUAUUCAUAUACACGUGACUCCAAGAAUAUCAAGGCGUAAGAUAUUGUUGUGGCUUUGUGUUUUAAAACAAAUUAUUUAUUAUUUUGCAUGAGUUCACAAAUUAUUUAUGUUAUCAUCUAACUGAUCGUUGGUUUUGUUACUGUGUUGUUGCAUUUAUUAACAGUUUAAACAGGUAAGUAGUGUUUUGGUAUGCUUACUUUAUCUACUCAUUAACGCUACCUAUUGGCCAUUUUGAAGACCUUCAAUAAUUUGCGUACUUAUCGGAGAUUAAAGUUGUACUUUAAAUGGAAAAUUAUUUUAAUAUUUGAAUAAAUUGUGACACCCACUUCACCAGACAUGUGAUUGAAUUGAAAUAGAUCCAGUUUUAUUUCUUGAAAGCGAUCCAAACUCCUAAAAUAAAUUUUUUAAAUGCCACAACGGAUCUAAAUCGUUUUGGUAUUAGAUCGUUGUUUUUAACCUCAAAUAACAAAAUAUCGAUUUUAUAUUUAUUUUAUUAAUAGUUAUUCUAUCGAUGAUAUUUCUUGGAAAUGCUUUUAUGAAUAUGUUGUUUUGACAUCUAGAUAUUGUAACACAUGUUUAUUAUUCUUGUAGGAAUUGUGCAUUCGUGGGUUUUAUAGCGAAGUGGUCGUCCUGGGAAUUUUAGCUAAAAAACUAGUCAAUACUAGUCUUGACUACUUAUUUGUACCUUUUAUUAAAAGGGAAACUUAGUACGUAAUAAUAAUCAUUAAGUGGCGGUGAUAUAAUUAAGAAAAUUAAUUUUGUAAA